AUGCUUCUAUCUCGCUUCAUUCAAAAGACGACACCCUACGCCACCUCAUUACUUGUCAAACAACAAUAUCGCUAUUUCAGCGCCACCGUCCCAGCCAUGACUCUCAUCUCGCAAACCAUCACGCACGACCACCGCGAGCUCGAAAACGCGUACAACAAAAUCCUCAGCGCCACCACAGACGACGAAAAGGUGAGAUGGCAGAAUCAGUUCACAUGGGAACUUGCGCGUCACUCCAUCGGUGAAGAGCUGCUCGUCUACCCGGCCUUUGAAAAGAACCUUGCCGAUGGGAAGCAGAUGGCUGAUAAGGAUCGGGCUGAGCACCAAAAGGUCAAAGAACUUCUCUACAAAUUCCAAGGCCUCAAACCUUCCGAUCACGAAUUCACAACAACCCUACAAUCGCUCUGGUCCGAUCUGUCGCAACACAUCAAGGAAGAAGAAGAGGAAGAUCUCGUCAAACUGGAGAGUGCGUUACAACAAUCUGAAUCAGAGAAAUUGACCAAGUCGUUUACACGAACGAAGAAGUUCAUCCCGACGCGCAGUCAUCCAGAUGCGCCUGACAAGCCGCCAUUUGAGACGGUGGCCGGUCUGAUGGCGGCGCCGUUGGAUCAUUUGUCGGAUUUGUUUAGGAAGUUUCCGGCUGAGUCGAAGAGUGAAUUGCCUCCUUGA